AUGAGUAUAAAUCCUCCCGGGUUCGGAUAUAACAACAACCAACAACAACAACAACAUCAUCUGAACACAUACCCAGAAUAUGGUUCACCGGAAGAACAGCUGUCGCCAAACAAAUCAUUGCAACAAGCAAAAUUCAAACGUAAUUAUCGUGCCUGUUUGAAUUGUCGUGUUAGAAAAGUGAAAUGUGAUUUAGGUCCAGUAGAUAAUCCACGAGAAGGAAAAUGUGCAAGAUGUCUUAGAGAAAGGAAAGAUUGUGUAUUUGUAGAAAGUAAACGAGGUGGUGCUGGGAAUGUCAUAAAUGGGAAACGUAAGAAGAUGAAAGGUGAUAUAGAGGACCAUCAAGAACUGGAAUCUCCGGAAGCAUCAAUUCCGUUCAUAACUUCCACCACGGGGCUGCUGCUGUUUGAUACUAAACCUACAAUCCCAAAUAUAAAUAAUGCCACUCCGAUUCUGGGACAACAAAAACAACAACAGAAACUUCCUAGUGUCAAUAGUAUCCUCAUACAUGAGUCAAACUUGACUUCACCUAUUGCUCCUUUACAAUCACAUCAUCAACAACAACAAAGUGCAUUAUCACCUCUGGUUAGCUUAACAUCAUAUGCCACCCCACCUCCACCAAAGUUACCAAUUCCAACGAAUCUACAAGGAGACACUCCUAACAAGCUUCCUAGUAACCAUUUCUCUACCAUGGAAGGGGCAUUAGUAUUUUUAGCAAAGGCUGCAGGAACCAUCGCCAAGGCUGAUGAGCGGGACCAUAUCGAUGCGAGAAAGAAGCAUGAACAAAUAGAAGCUAUUAGAAGUGCAUCAAGCAGUGCUAUGUCUAGUGCGAACAGUUUAAAUCAACAACACCAACAACAAGACGAAUCAGUUUCACCGGAAAUGAACACUGAGCCAACUACAGCGACACGCCCUCCAAGUAUUAGAUCCAGGGUAGGUUCAGUAACUAGCCAGGCAACAUCAGUUAGCCAGAGCCACGAACAAGACCAAACUGAUGAGGGCCAACAUCAUCAGCACCACAGUCAUCAUCGUCACCAUCAUCAUCAUAAUCGACAUGGAGAGAGUUCGAUCCCACCGUAUGUAAGCCCCACAACUACCAAAAGAAUGACGAUCCCAGCUGCCGAAGGAGCAGCAGUUCGACCAAAAGCAUCAAACAAACUCUCCAAUAUCGAAUACAUAGGUCCCGCCCCACAUGGGAUCUUAACCGAUCAAGAAGCCGAAAGAUUAAUAAACCUCUUCUUCACAACCAUGCAUCCUUUUUUCCCUCAUCUUCCUAAAUUUCUCCAUUCUUCAAAAGUAUUAGCAGGAUAUCCCAUAUUAUUAUGUGCAAUCUUAACAAUUUCAUCCCGAUAUCAUCCAUUUGAAAAUAAUGUGAGUACGUCUGGAAAUGGGAGUGUUCCUCGAAAUAUUGAAGUUCAUGAUAGGUUAUGGCUUUAUGUUCAGCGAUUAAUUUCACAAACUGUCUGGGCGGAGGCUAGUACGAGAUCAAUUGGGACCAUAUUUGCGUUUUUGUUGUUUACGGAAUGGAAUCCGCGUGCUAUACAUUGGAGAUGGUCAGAUUAUGCUAAUAAAGCAGAAGAAGGCAAUGAAAUUGAAGGAGGAGCAGGUGUCGGUGGAGGGUCAAGUUCGGCGGGGUUUGCAUUUGGCGCGAAUGGAAGUGGAAAUAGUUCAGCUGGGAGUGAUAGUGAACCGAAUCUUGCUGGUUUAGGGGCGAUGAGGAGAAGUUAUAGAAUGGCGUGGAUGUUGAUUGGAUCGGCGGUUAGGUUGGCUCAAGAUAUGGGUUUUAUGGAGAUUAGUUCAAAGACUUUUUUGGCUACUCAUAUUGCCGAGAUUAAUUCGGUGAUGGAUAUUUCAAGAAGAUCGAUGUUGGCUCAUUCUUUGGCCGAGGUGGAUUUGGAUGAGGAUGAACUUACUGAAGAAGAUGUGCAAGAGUUUGAAGAAAUGGAUGAGGAUGCAAAGAUUAUGAAAAUGACCGAGGAGGAAUUGAAACGAAUCUCUGCUCAACAUAUUCUAAAGUUUACCAAGAAACAAAAGGCACAAAUUGAACUAUUACAAAUCAUGUCAUUAGGUCAUGAAUCAUUGUAUGGUUAUAAGGCACAAUUAGGACUGUUAUCUCAAAGACAAAACUUAUCCGUCUUAAAUAUUAUCAGUCCUUUAAUUAACAACUGGGGACAUAAGUAUAAAUACUUUCUCAUUCCUUCGAAUUCAAGAUUAGUUAAACAAGUUUCCAAUCUCCAAAGUCAUUGGUUAAAACCAGAUUCCAAAGUCAGCAAAGAAGUCGCAGAAUGUAUCGAAAGAGAAUCGUUUAUCUUCGAAUUCAAUUAUGUUAAGUUAUAUAUUUAUUCCCUUGCAUUAAGUCCAUCCCCAAAGGCACUUAGAGAACAACGUAAACGUAAACAUGGAAAUAUUACCUUGAAAUUGGAUGAAAUGUCCCGAUCAGCGAAAUAUAUCGAACAAGCAUUUAAUUCCGCUAAUGAGAUGUUGAAUGCCGCUCAUAGAGUUCAUAGACUCAAGAUGCUUAGAUUCAUGCCCGUGAGAUGGUUGACUAGAAUGGUUAGAGCUGUGGCAUUUAUUGUGAAGUGUUAUUUAACUAUUACUGCUCAUAAAAAUUUAUCAAAAUCAGGAGGAACUUCAGCACAGAUUGAUAAUUAUGAUUCUACAAUCUUGUCACUUUCAUUAAUCACAAUUGAUGAUAUAACACAAUCUAUUCAACGUGCUGCUAUUACUUUGAGGGAUUGUUCACCUGAUGAAUUACAUUUGUGUACAAGAUAUUCAAAUGUGUUGAUGUAUUUGUGUUCAGAAAUGAAGACAAAAAAGAAUAAUCAAUACGAUGAAGAUGCCGAGGUUGAAGACGAUGCAGUGGGUGGUGGUGCCGUUGGUGAUGGUGGUGAGAAUCAACAGUACAAGCGACAAAAGAUUGCUGCUGCUGCUCCUAGCACAUCUCUUCUUACACAUGCACCAAAACCAGUUUUACAACCAACUGCGAAUACUUUGCCAUUUCCACAGUCUCCAUUAGACCCAUUAGGUACUGGCUCUGGACAACGGGCCCCAGUAUCAACGAGAUCCAUGGCUACUAAUGAAUCUAUCUUAACAAACACAGAGUUGACUUAUCCUAUGGAACAAUCACCUCAACAGCCAAUGGAUGCCUUUGCAUAUGGUCCUAGUAAUUAUUUGGGUGGCGGCAGUGGAGCUACUGCUGCUGCUUCGAUGUCACAGAGUGAAAGUAUGACACCUAAUGAUUCCAAUACUCCAUUGCAAAGUUUGAUUGGUGAUAGUGAGGUGAUGGAUUGGUUUAUAAAUAAUCGUACUAUUGGUCUUGAUUUUGUUGGUCCAUGGACAGAAAUGAUUGAACAACAAUUAAAUUCAAAUGAUCAAUUUAAUUUUGAAGAUGCUCUUUAG